AACCAGCUUCUUCUUUAUUCAUUUAUAGACAGAAAUAGAAGCAAGCAAAGAGCCCUGCUCAUGGCCACAACAAGCUCCACCGUAUCGGCCCUCUCUUGCCAAAGUCUGGCAAGGUUGAAUUGGAUAGCAGAAGGCAUUUUUGAGUACCAAUUUAUGGCAGGCCAUUUGUUAACAAUUUUGCAAUGUAUUUUCACUCACUCUUCUCUGUGUGACUGGAGAAACUUCCAGAUACGUUGUCAUUCUUGGCAAAUGAAAUCUCAGAGGUUAUUGGGGAAAAUAGCAUUGGUCACAGGUGGAGCCACCGGAAUAGGAGAGAGCAUUGUCCGUCUAUUCCACAAGCACGGUGCAAAAGUUUGUAUACUUGAUUUGCAAGACAACCUUGGUCAGAGUGUCUGCGAAUCCCUUGGUGGUGACUCAAACACUUGUUAUUUCCAUGGUAAUGUCACAAUAGAAGAUGAGGUCCAACGUGCCAUUGUUUUCACCGUUGAAAAAUUUGGAACACUGGAUAUUCUGGUCAACAAUGCUGGGUUAUCAGGUCCACCCUGUUCAGACAUACGAAAUGUAAAUUUAUCAGAUUUCGAAGAGGUGUUUGAUGUAAAUGUGAAGGGUGCAUUUAUUGGAAUGAAGCAUGCAGCACGGAUUAUGAUCCCGCUAAAUAAGGGUUCGAUUGUUUCUAUCUGCAGUGUCAGCGGUGUAAUAGGAGGCCUGGGUCCCCAUGCAUAUACAGGGUCCAAGCAUGCUCUUUUGGGGCUGACCAGAAAUGUUGCAGCUGAACUAGGAAAAUAUGGGAUACGUGUCAACUGUGUUUCUCCUUAUGCAGUUCUAACCGACCUGGCCUUAGCUCACUUGCCCGAGGACGAGAGAACAGAAGAUGCAAUGGCAGGUUUCCGAGCCUUUGCUGCAAAGAAUGCUAAUUUGCAAGGGGUGGAAUUGACGCCUAAUGAUGUGGCUAAUGUUGUACUCUUCUUGGCAAGUGAAGAAGCAAGGUACAUUAGUGGGGCUAAUCUAAUGGUCGACGGGGGCUUCACUGCUGCAAAUCACUCUUUUAAGGUCUUCAGAUGAUCAAUAAAACAAGCAAACUAUUUUUUCUCAUAUAUGUAACGGGAAAUCCUUUCCUAUUAUAUUAGUAGCCUGUGUUGUUGAUGAAACAUUUGUUGCUAUAUAGAAAUAACAUCAUCACGUAGAAACAAAUUGAACUCGAGCUCGAAGCAGUUGUUGCCAUUAUAUUAAUUAUAAACGUGAGCCUCUGGCCAUAUCAAGAAUUGCCACAACAAA